AUGCCCGCUAGAACACCCGUAUAUUAUCUCAGCCAUGGAGGCCCCAAUGUCAUGUAUGACGUGGACCAUCCCGUUUACCCCGUCCUCCAAAAUAUCGGCAAGGAGAUCACCCAAAAGGUCAAGCCCAAGGCCAUUGUCGUCUUCUCCGCACACUGGCAGGCUGGCCGCGAUACCAUCCAGGUAAAUGCGGCAGAAAAGACGGAUCUGAUUUACGAUUUCUAUGGCUUCCCGGACGAGUACUACAAAGCAGAGUACCCCAACAAAGGCAGUCCCGAGCUCGCCAUGAAGAUUCUUGGUCUCUUGACCGAAGCCGGUAUCAAAGCCGAAGGGGUGAAGCGCGGCCUUGACCACGGUGUUUGGUGCGGUUUCCAUGCUGGUGAGUCGCAAUGCACCCUUGAUUUCUUUUGCCCCUUCCCUCGCCAUUCGCCGCUGAACAUCGAGAUAGCCUUCCACCCGGAGCGCAACCCUCUCAAUGUGCCCAUUGUCCAAGUUUCACUCUUUGGCAACGAGGACCCGGAUGCUCACUAUCGGCUCGGACAGGCGGUGGCCAGUCUCCGGGAUGAGGGCAUCGUCAUCGUCGGGGCUGGCAUGAGCGUCCACAAUCUCCGGGACUUCCGCUUCACGAUGGGCAGCAAGAAGCCCAUGCCAUAUGCCGUCUCCUUCGAUAACGCGCUCAAGGAAGCCGUCGAGGUCGACCCAGCCCAGAGGCAGAAGACCAUGUCGGAUCUUCUCAAGCGUCCGGAUGCCAGACAAGCACAUCCUACGAUGGACCACCUUCUUCCGGUCCACAUCGCUGCCGGAGCUGCCGGGCAGGACAAUGGCAAGCAGACGUGGACCAUGCCGGAGGGCAGCAUGGCCUGGGCACAAUACCGCUUCGGUAAUGUGCCUGCAUGA